CAAAAUCAGUAAUUUACAAAAACCCAUAAGAGAUCAUGAACCAAACUCUAUAAAGUUUUUAUCUUUACACAUUUUAUUUUGGUUAGCAAUCCAGAAAAAACAUGAGAUUUGGUUCGUAUUCGUGGGCCGAUGGAGAAAAGAAGGUGAAUAAGAACACGAUAAAGAAGAAGACAAUUGAAGCCCCUUACUGGUUCACUUUGUUCGCGAAGAAUGAAGAGGUGACACCGGAGAUUUUAAUUAAACGGCUUAAAAGCAGCGUUGUCCGUGACCCCGACAUCCGAUUGAAAUAUGCUUUAUUGGUUCUGAUUGAUGGUGUUUUGUGCCCUCGAUCUUUGAAUAUGAAGAUCCAAGAAGAAACCGCAGAAGUGUUGAGGGACGUUGUCCCUGACAUUGAGGAGAGCAUGCCGGUUGAUACUCCUGUCUUCGUUGGCCAUGAUUCCGAAGAAGAAGGUGUAGUGGUUGGUGCUGUGGCAUUGGCCAAGUUAAAAUUGGAGCCAAUUUGGGUGAUAGACAGCGAAGCAGAGGAUUCUGUUGAAUCUAUUAUUCCUCUUGAUGAGGCUGUUGCGGGGGACGAUUUUUCUUGGUCUGACGAAGUGGAAGAUGUGAAAGUUGAUAAUUUGGUUAGGUUAGUUGAAGAAGGCCACCAAUGGUCUGGUGAUGAAUUUGGAGGUGGUGUGGUCGUGUAUGCGCUUCCUAUAGAACAAAAGAAAAAGCUGAAGGGAAAAAAGUACAUGGAAGAUCGCCUGGUGUCUCGUUUAAAGGGAAAAAGUGCAGCUGGGCUUGUUGGUGGUAUGGUUGCUGCUCCUGUUUCCAAGGGUAAAGUCAAACCCCUUAGCCGUGCCAAAAAGGCAGUUGUACCCAAGCGGAAACGGAUGUGUGUUGAUGAAAUGUUGAGGCAGAUUAGAGAUGAUGAUGAGACUGAAACGGCUACUGACCCAGUAGGGGAUGAGUCUGAAACGGCUGGUGGCAAAGGAGGGAAGGAUGUUAGAAUGGGUACUCAACAAGGAGAGGCUUCUGUUACUAUGGAGGAUGUAGAGACUGAAGAAAGAGGUGGCAAAGGAGGGGAGGAUGUUAGAACGGCUAGUCAACAAGGAGAUGUUGAGGAACUUGUCGAUGUACAUCCGGAUGAUACUGUUAAAUCUGUGCUUGAUUCUCUGAACUUGCCUGGUGAAGCGGAGCAAGUCUCUCAGAAUUUAUCUCCUGAUCCUGAGCAGGAGGAUGUUGUUGUUCUAAGUGGAGAUGAUUUUAAUGACCAGGAGGCUGCUGCAAAAAGUGGGGAUGGUCUUAAUGACCAGGAUGCUGCUGCCAAAAGUGUGAAUGAUGACGCUGAAUGUCAGGGGAAGGAAUCUAGUGAGGGUGGAACUCUUGCUCUCUUUCCGACUGGGGCUUCUGUUGGUUUAGAGGAAAAUGUGUCAGGGGAAGGGGAUGCUAUUAAUAAGAAGUGGUUGGAAAUUGAGAAGUUUUUAGCGGAUGGCGGCUUAUUCCUCCUAGCCAAGGACGUGGAGGAGAUUGUUGGACUACAAGUUGUAAUGGGACCAUGGAUGAUGGAUGCAUUUAUCAAGUAUUUCCGUGAUAAGUGGGAUACCUUAGAGGUUGGCUUAAAUCAACGUAGGGUGGUUUUUCAGGGGACAAAAUUUGCUUCCCUUGUCCCUGGUCAUCAAAUCAAAUUUGAGAAGUCUGUUAAGAAGAAGUAUGUAUUCGACCAAGAUUUGAUGUCGUGCUUCCCUCUGAACUUUGAUACUCUCUACUUCACAUUCAACUUUGACAAACAAUACUGGGUAGAGAUGUGCCUUGAUAUCAGGGAAAGAUAUCUCUAUGUGUUUGAUUGCAACCAGAAGGUGCGUCGGGACACUAGGCUCCGGAAAGAAAUGGAAUCUUUGUUAGAUAUGCUCCCUUUCGUUGUUCGCCAAGUGUCGCCUGAGCUGAUGAAUUCAGUCCCCACUGACCCGUUCAUCCUAAGCAGAGACACACUUCUUCCGACUUGUUUACACCCUUCGAAGAGUGGCCUGAUGUCUGUUUUAUUCAUAGAGAGGCAUGCAGUAGGUGGGAUUGAGGCAUCUAGAGGGGUUAGGCCUGAGGAGUUGGCUGUUGAAGCCAAGAAAUUGCUUAUUACGAUGUAUGAUGCGUACGUUGAGAAGUGAAUUGUUUGUUUAUGAUUCGUCCUUAUUUUUAUUGUAGAUUCUAAUUGUAUGUCUUAAGAGUUGUUACUGAAUAAUUGGUGUUUAUUUAA